AUGACGCCGCCCUGCUACACAUUCCCGGCCGCAGAGCUGACAGAACGGGUCCAGCUCGACGUUCAUGGCCGUCAGCGCAAGAUGCUGCCGGGCUCCUCCGCAUCGACCCAGCGCACAAGUGCCGAUGCUGUCCAUAGUGCGUCUGACGGUACGGAUGGAGGCAGCGGUCGCGGCAGCCGACACCAGGGAAUCGACAUCGUCCGUGACUGCACGCUAGUGUCGUCUAUGGUACAAUAUAGCUGUUCUGUGAUGCACCCAGAGAUGCGUGACAGCCCAGUACGAUGCUGGCCCAUGCAACGGAUGUUUCGAAGAUGCCAGGACAGGCACGGGACAUUCACUGUGGAGACCACUGCGUGGGAAGGCACCGAAGCAAGUCGACGCGGUAGCGUGGGCAGCUCGGUGGGAAGCAUAACAACCGAUGCAACCACAGAGGCUACUGCAGGACGUUCGCCAGCGUCAAGCUCUUUUGCCGUGUCGACCGGAGCAGCGCCACCAAAACGACCAGAGACACUAGGCGUGUUUGGAUGA